AUGCUUGGUGGUGAAGUUGGGGUGUCACAGCAGCAACCACCACCACCUCCUCCACCACAGCAGCAGCAACAACAACAACAACAUCAACAACCGCCACCACCACAGCAGCACCAACCACAGCAUCAACACCAGCACCAGCAGCACCAACCACAGCAUCAACACCAACCACAACACCAACCACAACAGCAACAUCAGCAACAACAUCAGCAACAACAUCAGCAACAACAUCAGCAACAUCAGCAACACCAGCAACAUCAGCAACAUCAGCACCAGCAACAGCACCAACCACAGCACCAGCAGCAGCCUCCAAUUCAACCGCAACAGCAAAUGCCACAACAACAGCACCUCCAGCAACAACAACAACUGCCACCUGUGCCAAACAACGCAAGCCCUAUUGGAGGAAUCCCAAAUAGAUCCUCCACUAGCAAUGUGUACCGUCCAUUGAAUGUCAAGGACGCGUUAUCUUAUUUGGACCAAGUCAAGAUUCAAUUUUACAACCAGUCCGAGGUUUACAACAACUUCCUUGACAUUAUGAAAGAUUUCAAAUCUCAAAGGUAUGUUUUGUCCCAUUGCACGAGUCUCAAUGCAGGCUCGCCUUUUACAGCUAUGAUGUUUUUUUUUUUUUUCAUUUGUGCAAAGUACUGACCCUUUUUAUGUUCUAGUAUCGAUACCCCAGGAGUCAUAGAUAGAGUAUCGACUUUAUUCAAGGGCCACCCAAACUUGAUUCAAGGUUUCAACACCUUCUUGCCACCCGGAUAUAAAAUUGAAUGCUCGAUGGACCCUUCGGACCCCAAUCCGAUUCGAGUCACUACUCCGACCGGCACUACAACGGGCUCAAAUGUUGCUGGAACUGCGUACAACCAGGGAUGGGGCGCCAAUGACGAAAUGUCUGUCGCAACAACAGUCUCUCAACAACAACAACAACAACAACAACAAACACAGCUGCACCAGUUCAAUGAAGUUGCGGGAACCCAAGCAAACGGGUCCGGUCAAAUUGAAUUUAACCAUGCUAUCUCUUAUGUCAAUAAAAUCAAGACUAGGUUUGCUAACCAGCCCGAUAUCUAUAAACAGUUUCUCGAGAUUUUGCAAACGUAUCAAAGGGAACAAAAGCCCAUUGCUGAAGUUUACGAGCAGGUUACCCAAUUAUUUGCAAACUGUCCAGAUUUGUUGGACGACUUUAAACAAUUUUUGCCUGACACUAGCAGCCAAAAUUUCCAACAACAACAACAACAACAACAACAGCAACAACAGCAGCAACAGCAGCAACAACCUCCUCUUCCUCCUCAAACAAGCAUGGGGGCACAAGAAAAGUACUAUGUGAGCAACGAGACGCAGUUACCACCGGUAGGGAACUUCCAGCCGAUUGGACCAAACGCAGCUCAACAGGCAUAUCCGUCGCAGCAACAUCCAGUGGCGGGAGUCGCUGCCUCCAGUCCUGAGCGGAAGGUGGCACAUGAAGUUGUGGAGCAAAACUCGAAAAGAGCAGCUGAGGAGUACGAGCAGGAGACGCAGCUCUCAAGUGUCAGAUCGGGUCUUCCAUCAUCAAGCAAGUCCAAAGUGCAAGGCCGAGGAGCAGCGGCAGCGGCAGCACAAGCGGCACCACCAGUAGCAGCAGCAACAACAACAACUACUAUUACAAGCGCUGCUCAGCAUGUUGUUCCUCCUACAAAUGCAACUUUGGUUCCAGGUAUUCCGGAACCAGUGCCUCCUGGGAAAGUGGUCAAGAGCUCGUCGUUGUCCGAGGAGAUUAGUGCUUUUGAUAAAGUGAAGAAAGCGUUGGGCAACAAGCAGACGUAUAGUGAGUUUUUGAAGCUCUUGAAUUUGUUCACCCAGGACAUUAUCGAUAAGGAUACAUUGGUUGAACGCGUUGGUGGUUUUCUCGGCGAUGCCAACUCGGACUUGCUUGAAUGGUUCAAGGUGUUUGUUGGGUAUGAGGAUAAGCCACAAAACUUGGAAACCAUCACAUUCAAGAAGCACUCGUUGGAGCUUGCGUUGUGCAAAGCGUGUGGGCCAUCUUACAGACAACUUCCAAAAGCAGAGACAUUUAUGCCCUGCUCGGGGAGAGACGAGAUGUGCUGGGAAGUUUUAAACGACGAAUGGGUGGGUCAUCCUACUUGGGCCUCGGAGGAUUCUGGUUUCAUUGCUCAUCGGAAAAAUCAGUACGAGGAAGUUUUAUUUAAGAUUGAGGAGGAGAGACUUGAGUUUGACUAUUACAUGGAGUCGAAUUUAAGAACAAUCCAGAUUUUAGAGACAAUAGCGAACCGAAUCGCCAACAUGACUCCCGAGCAAAAAGCCGUUUUCAAACUACCACCGGGCUUGGGUCACAACUCAGCGACUAUCUACAAAAAAGUGAUUCGCAAAAUCUAUGACAAGGAUCGAGGCUUUGAAGUCAUUGAUGCCCUCCAUGAGAACCCAGCGAUAGCAGUUCCCAUUGUGUUGAAAAGGUUGAAGCAGAAGGACGAAGAGUGGAAGCGCGCACAACGAGAAUGGAAUAAAGUCUGGCGGGAAAUGGAGCAAAAGGUUUUUUACAAGUCGCUAGAUCACCUCGGGUUGACUUUUAAGCAAGCAGACAAAAAGUUGCUCACGGCGAAACAGCUCGUCAGUGAGAUAAGUACGGUCAAGGUGGAGCAGCAGAACAAGAGGCUUCACCCGCUAACACCGAAAUCGCAGGAGCAAUUGAACUAUAAAUUUGCUGACCAAGAAGUUUUGUUUGACAUUUUCAAGUUGGCCAGUGUCUUUAUCAAUCGUUCCUCGACGUAUUCUGCUUACGACAGAAAGAAAUUGAUUGAGUUUUUCAAAUUCUUUAUCUGCUUGUUUUUUGGCAUAUCGGAGGAGGAAACGGGCAACGCGAUACAAAAGAGAGGUGAAGAGAUGCCAGAGUCCGAUGACGACUCUUCGUCAUUUUUACAAAAUAGUAAUGGCAACAACAGUUCCGUCGAUUCUAAAAAACGGUCUCGAGAAUCAGACUUGCUCAAAGAUGUGUUGAAGAAAGCUUCAAAAUCGAAAAAGGAGGAUCGCGCUGAUUCGCCUGAUGUCCAAGAGCUGGACUCGGUGCUGCAAGAAGUCAGCGAGGAGUUGGAAAAGCCUGGAGAGUUGUGGGUCAAGUCAGCAAACACAAAGUUUUCAUUGCAGGAUGACUCGUUUAGCAAGAGACGCACCAAGUACAAUCUCUUUUGUACCACAACCAUUUACGUUUUCUUUCGACAUUUGACCACCUUGUACGAGCGGUUGAUCCAUAUCAAGAACAUGAAUGAUGCGGUCCAAAAAGACAUCCGGGAACGCAAGUACCCUCAAUUCGCCAAGGACUUGAACUUGCUUUCUCAUCAAUUACAGGACAUGGGCAUAGAGAUAGUCGGUACAAAAGACUGUUAUGAGCAAGUCCUCAAGUUGGCUGAAAAGCUCAUUGAAGGGGAAGUGGAGCACCAGUGGUUUGAAGAAAGUUUACGUCAAGGCUACAAGAAUAAAGCUUACAAGAUGUACACUAUUGACAAGGUGAUUCAAGCCUUGGUGAAACAUGUCCAUACCAUGGUGACAGAUGCCAAGACUUCCGAGAUGAUGGUUUUGUUCGAGAAUGACCGCACAAAGCCGGUGUCAAGCGCCAAGGAGCAGAUAUUAUAUCGAAUUCUGGUUAGAUCGUUGAUGUCGACCGACGAGAAUAUGUUCAAGAUCACUUACGACGAAAGCGAUCGAACGGUUAACAUCCAGUUUAUCAGUUUGGACGACCUAACAUUGAACGACCAGGAGAGCUCGGAGGAGCAAUACAACUACUAUGUCACGAGCUACGUGAUGUCGCAUCCGACAGAGGGAGUUCCAGCGUCAAAGUUGAACAUGCCGUUUUUGAGAUCUUUUAUUGAAGAGGUGGACGAGGAUACUGUUGGAGGAAGAAUCGUUUCGGAUUUGAAGGUGGCGAUUGCAGAAAACUCUUAUAAGUUGUAUUUUGACAAUGGCCAUGACGAGUAUGUAUCCAAAGUCGUUUACACAAACAAAGACGAUGAGGGCAAGAAAGUGGAUGAUAGUGUAAAGGGGCUCAAGAAAUUGAUUGAUGAAAAGUUGGCUGCUUUGGAGGAAAAGAGUGGGGCACUGGAAACAAACCUGGAAAAACCAGUUGAUGAGUGA